CGCGUUUAAGUAUAUACUUGUUCAAUCCAUUGUCAAAAUUUCAAAACACGGAAAACGACAAGCAAAGGGCGAGAGCAAAAAAGUAAAAGAAAAAGGAACGGAAAAGCCAACUACGCACUUGUUACGUUGCCAUUGCCCUCGAUCCGCACAGCACACAGCACACAGUGAUAUUCGAGUCCGUAGAGAGCAGGCGACGCAAGCGAGCGAAGCCGCCGCCAUGGUUAGGGCUCGCGAGAACUGGGAGAAGCUGGUUCGAGCCUCACUGAAGAGGGAGCAGCUAAGGAAUGCAGGCCAAGGACACGCCAGAGUCCCCAGCGGAAUCGCCGGCGCGGUUCCUCCGUCCCUCGCGCAAACCACUAACAUUGAUUUGAUCUUGCAGGCCGCCGAUGAAAUUCAAUCGGAGGAUCCUAACGUUGCUAGGAUCUUGUGCGAGCAGGCAUAUAGUAUGGCUCAAAAUCUGGAUCCCGACAGUCAUGGUAGGGGAGUUUUACAAUUCAAGACUGGUUUAACGUCUGUAAUCAAGCAAAAACUUGCUAAGAAGGAUGGAGUUCGGAUUGAUCGCAAUCGUGACUUGGAAAACCUUUGGAAGUUUUAUCUUCACUACAAGCAACAUCAUAGAGUGGAUGACAUUCAACGAGAAGAACAGAGAUUGCAAGAAUCUGGAACUUUUAGCUCCUCAUUGGGAGAGUUGAAGCUUAGAUCAUCAGAAAUGAGAAAGAUCAUUGCUACGCUACGGGCUUUAGUGGAGGUCCUGGAGGCACUUAGUAAGGAUGCUGAUCCCAACGGAGUUGGAGGACUCGUAGUGGAGGAGUUGAGAAAAUUAAAGAAGUCAAGUGUGACAUUAUCUGGAGAGCUUACACCAUACAAUAUUAUUCCUCUGGAAGCACCAUCAUUAACCAAUCCUAUCAGAAUUUUCCCUGAAGUUAAAGCUGCAAUAUCUGCAAUUAGGUAUACUGAUCAGUUACCUAGACUUCCUGCUGGAUUUAAAGUAUCUGGACAAAGGGAUGCAGACUUGUUCGAUCUUCUAGAAUUUGUGUUUGGUUUUCAGGUUUGUAAUGAUUGGUGGGAAUUUUUAAUUCUAUAUAUCAUUGCUGUGUGUCAUGGCUAAUUGCAUCGUAACUAACAGAUCUCUUUCAAGGUUCCUGCUGGAUUGGUCAUCUAUUUUUUUUUUUGAAGUUUUAUUACUGAUACAAAAUGGUGGUUCCCAUUCCCAAUAUUUUAAAUCAACAAUUAGCAAAAGAUGAAUAUUUGCUACUACUAAUAACAAAGAAGGGGAUUUUGUUACACUAAACAUAUGACUUCUACCUGUUCCAUUUCCAAAUAGCCCUCUUACUGACAUUGUUCAACUGUAUUGGUAGUUACAUGUCUCUUCUCGCACUUAAGCUUUGUUUACUAGCUAAGAUUAAUUUGCAUGGUCUACUGGCUGCUUUACACUUGGUGCAUGUUUGAUAAAGCUUUUCCCAUCAAUAUUAGCUGUUUGAUUGAAAAUAAGCCAUUUUUAAAGUAAGCUAGAUUUUUUG